AUGUCUUUCAGUUUUGCUACAACAGCCGUUGAUCCACACGGCACACAUUAUUCAUCGCCAACAAGUAUGCAUCCUCAACAGUAUAUGUCACCAUUAACUGGUUCUUCAUCAUCCUCAACUGGUGGAUCACCAACAACAACCGUACAAAUUCCAACGGCUACUGUUACUUCUCCCGUAGCUACUAAUAUGCCAUUAUUAGCAUCAAUUGCAAAUGUUAAAGAUUCACGUUGGCUUACAUUAGAAGUUUGUCGUGAAUUUCAACGUGGAAAAUGUACUCGAUCCGAACAAGAAUGUAAAUUUGCUCAUCCAUCAACACAUGUCGAAGUUAAUAGUGGCAAAGUUAUAGCUUGUUUUGAUUCACUUAAGGGUAAAUGCAAUCGUACAAAUCCACCGUGUAAAUAUCUUCAUCCGCCUCAACAUUUACGUGACAUUCUACUUCAAAACGGACGCAAUAAUCUUAUUCUUCGUAGUAUUGCUAUGAACAUUGCUGCUAAUCAAGCUAUGUAUCCACAAACGGCAACUCAUUUGCCAUAUCACAAUGGUGCUAUUAUACAAAAUCAAUUACAACAAUCGGCGUCAAUGGCGUCCUAUCCACAGAUAAGCUCAGCUGGUCCAGCUCAAUCGGCUUUAGUAUUUAAUCAAGCUGGUCAAGCUUUUAGCAUUCCUUUACAUGCAACACAUUUACAACAAAUAACACAAGGCGCAAAUCCUACAACUAUGUACAGUCCAGAUGGUACGCAAUAUUUUCAACCGGUGACACAAUUAACCGCUCAACCAACUGGACCAAAAAUAACACGUACAGAUCGUCUUGAAGUAUGCUCUGAUUUUCAGCAUGGGCAAUGUUUUUAUACAGCAGAUACAUGUCCAUAUGCACAUCCGCAAGCACAUUGUCCUCUUGAUGUAGAUGGUCUUGUUACUGUCUGUGUUGAUUAUGUUAAAGGCAAAUGUGCUCGUGAAACAUGCAAAUAUUUUCAUCCACCUGAUCAUCUAGUUGCACAAUUAAAAGCUGUUAAAGCACAAUCAGUUGCUGCUGCUGCUGCUGCACAUGUUUAUUCCACAGCAGCUGCACUACAAUAUUCACCAUCAACUAUUCAAUUGGUUCAUCCAUUUACAUUGAAUAGUAGUCAAUCGAUAUUAACUGCACCACCUACUACUUAUGUCUAUCCUCAACAAACAUCUAUUGCAUCUGCUUCCUCUUCACCAUUGCAACAACAACAGAAUGCUCCGGAAGAUGAUGGUACUUAUACAAAUGGUUUUGUUUCGCCUUAUCAACCAUAUCAAGGACACAUUCAAGCAAUUUAUGCUCGGGCACCAUCUGUUGAUUUGAAAGAUCCAACAUUGAUUGCUUCAACAAAUGAUACAACAUCAUCAUCAACAACAACUGAUGUUAAGCCACCUGGAACACAAAUAAUUACUGCAUCACAAUAUCUUCAAUCACAACAGACAGGCAUGCAUACACAACAUCAAAAACGUUCAGCUGUUGCUGAUCCAAAAACGGGCAUACCAAUGGCUGCUUAUCCAGUAACAGCAUUUUCUUAUCCAUCUCCAUCACCAUUACAAAUACCAUUUCAACAACCUUAUUUAACUGCUGUUCCUAUGGCUUUUACUGGAUAUACUUCCCAUAUGCCGAGACUUUAA